GGUGUCUUCCCGAUUGUCCCACUUUUUUAAAUUACAGGUAAAAAAGUAAUGAAAUUUUGUGGGACAAUCGGGAAGAUGUUUGUGGGACAAUUGGGAAGUUUAAAUGUGGGACAAUCGGGAAUUGUUUUGACAGAGAUUAAUUGUUAUGAAAUAGUACAACAGUUAAUUACAGAGUUGACCCCAGCUGAAUCUAUUCCUGGUUUGGACAUGUUGAAAGAUAGCUACGAUAAUAUAGGUGACUCCGACACAACGACAAGCUUCUCUUAUGGUGAUCUCGAGCGGGUCUAUAUGCAACACUUCACUGCAAAUGCCGAGAAACAUAAAACAUUCAAUUAUCUAACUUCACAGGAUUCAGAACAACACGCGGAAGAAACGACGAAUGACGAUGAGUCUGAAAUUAAUCGCGAUUUUGAUGCUGAAAACAGAUUCUUAUACGAUGAAAAUUCAAUUACAUUACCAGAACUGAAUAGAAGAGCCAUCGAUGACAGAUCCUUUGGUUCAGUACAAACAUACCAACCGUUAGAAUCAUUUGACCUUGGUCCACAUCGUGAUUUAGAUCGAAACCGGUAUGACUACUAUAAACACCCGUUUGAUCGAAAUCGGGAAACAUACCAAACAUACGAAUAUCCUCGAAGAUACUCACCAACCGAUUACCGUUAUCGAGAUGAACAUUUAUCAAGGGGAAACCAAUAUGAUCGUUAUUCAUUAGAUCAUAGUAAACAAAUAAAUGAGCGCGACCAAUACCAGUCUCAUAUUGACCGUGACCGAUACGAUGAUCGUGAUCGUCAAGAUGACCGAAUUCAUUUAAAUGACGAGAAGGCGUAUGUUGACGAGCACUUAAAAAACAAAGAUAGGAAACAUGAAACAAAACUCUGUGAAAAGGAAAAUAUAAAGCAGGAUACCAGCAAUAGGAACAGAAGUAAACAGACGCAGUCGUUAUCUCGUUCUCGCAAAAGGUCAAGAAGUAGCUCUGGUUCAUCGUCGUCUUCGUCAUCAUCGUCAUCAUCAUCAUCUAGCUCCCGAUCAAAAAAAUCAUCUUCAUCAUCAACCUCUUCUUCAUCUCUAAAAUCAUCCAGAUCAAUGUCAAAAUCCGUUGAAGUUUCUCCACAGAAAAGUGGUAAAACAAGUUAUAGAAAAGAUGAUAAAUCUCGUGAUCGAUCACUUGACAGGCAUCAUUCUCGAUCCAAUAGCAGAGAUGAACGAUCUCGAUAUCGAAAUCGAAGUAGGGACCAGCGAAGAAGCAGAGAUACUUUUGACCGACAUGGACAGGCUCACAGUCGAAGGCAACGUAGUAGGAGUAGUGAUAGAGAUCGAUUGCGUGAUAAAUACCGAGACCGGAAAGAAAGCAGAGAUAGAUAUCGUAGUCAUGAAAAAUAUAUUAAUUCAGAAAAAAGAGCAGAUGAAGAGAAAAGUUUAUUGUCUUCACGGAAAAAGGACGCUUUUGAUUUGAUCGCUUUAGUGAAAAAAGUUAAAAACGAUAAUGCACCCUCGAAGGAUAAAGCAGUUGAAUCAGCUCAUAAAAUAGAGACAUGCAUGGAAACAACUGUACUUGAAACCAAAAUUAAACCAAUUGUUAAGAAAAUAUCAAUGACACUAAAGAAACACGACAAUAAACCUAUCAACCCAGGAGAAAAGGUCAGUGACAUGUUUGCUGAUGAAAACACCGACGAAGAAGACAAAACACAGAGAACAGACUCUAUGCCACAUGUAAAAUAUACCAUGCCAAUGCCGAAAGAUCUUGACAAAGCCAUUUUUAAAUAUUAAAGUAAAUUUGAUGACUUCUUCGAUGAAAUCAUUGAACAUUUAUUUUACAUGACAUCAAAUUAAAUCUGUUUUAAUAUUUAAUAUUUGUUGAUGUAAAAUUUUCGAAUACAAAAGUUAAUGCAAUUAG